AUGCCUCCAAGAAAGAAGACCAGAAGCAACAACAUAACUUCCCAGGAUGGGCCAAGCCAUGCUGACUCAGAGUCAAGGCAACAUGCCUCUUCUAGAGAAGAAGAACGUGCAAGUGAGGGAACUUUUACCCUCACAGAUCUUGUUGCAGCCAUUCGUGCUAUGGGUGAGACCCAGAGGGAGAUGGCAGAGAUGAUAAAAGAACUCAAAAAUUCGGCUCCAAAGCCAAGUGAAGUGAAUGAGAAGCACCCACAGGAGGAAUCUGCUGCUGCCGGAAAGGAGUCUGAGCAGAAGGGACCAUCUUUUGUCACUCAGGAGGACGUUGUUGCCAUGCUGGAAAAGGAGCUGAGUCGAAGUCAGGAAGAUUGGAAGUAUCUUCCUCAGCCGCCGUAUCCAUCAAGCUUACUCCAGCAGCCAUAUCCUAAAGGCUAUGAAGCACCGACCUUUGUCCUCUUUGAUGGACGAAAGGGGAGCCCGAAGGAGCAUGUCAAUCGCUUCAUCGAUGCCUUGGGACCGUAUGCUGGUGAUCAUAAUCUUCGACUUAGAGAAUUUUCAAAGAGUCUCACCGAUCGUGCUUACACAUGGUAUACAACGUUGGCACCAGGCUCUAUUCAUUCCUGGGAAAGUCUGGCAAGCAGGUUCUGUAAGAAGUAUUUCCAGCAUGAAGAACGAGUCACCACCACUCAACUCAACAACACUCGCCAAAAGCAUGGUGAGGAUCCCGUGGACUUUGUACGCAGGUUCCGGGACCUGGCAUUGGAUUGCUAUGAUGAGAAAGACGAGGAGGCGCUUGUUGAAAUUUGCAUCAGCAAUAUCGUGGCAGAUUAUAGAGUGUAUUUGGAGAAUAUUGGCAUUAGUCAAUUUUCUCGUGCUGGAAGCUGUGAGGAAGACGAGCAUGUCCGUCAAGCCACCAGGACAAAGGACUUGGAGGAAUGA